AACAUGUAAAAACGAGUUUAUUGAAACCUAAACUAGUUCUGAUGAUAUCGACGGGGUUUCUACUCAAAACUUGAUAGGGGCAUGUGAGUUCCUGAUGUUUUAAUACUUGUUUAGACUAUAGCCAUAUUGUAGGCUAUAGAAUAGCCUAUUAAAACCAAAGUAUACCAAACUCUUCUGAGGCCGAUAACGUAGCUGCUUCAUGUCAUUUAAGGUUUCUAUCGCUAUCAGAGGACUACUAGGUUAGAUUAGGCAGUUCAGAGCAGAACACAUUGUCACUGUCGACAUAAACAGACUUCAGUGGACUACCUCAGACUGGGAUGAAGUUGUAGAGCUGCACUGCCGCGCCGUAGCUCGAAUGCUUUCGGUUUGACGAGAGAACAUAGAUGUUACAUCGCCGUCGUCUCGCACAUAAUCGGAAAAGCAUCACUUUCCCACUCAUUUUCUCUACUAUAUCUGUAGAUGACAUCAUGGAAUGCUACCCCAUAGUGAAGUGAAGAUUAUGAUGCACACGGAAAUCCAGUAGCCUAAAACGACGGAUGUUGAAGUAGGAAGCAGCCGUGCGUUUGGACCUCAGGUUUUGGCUGCCAUGGAUCUGCGCGUGACUCAGCGUCGGCCGGGCGGCGAGGCGGCCAUGCUGUCGCCCCUCAUCUACAACCCCUUCGCCAGCCAGCCCUGCAACCAGUACGCAGCGCAGCAGCACCUGCAGUUCACCAGGCAACGCUGGAAUGAGAGGGAGCGCGAGCGGGAGCAGGAGAAGGAGCAAGAACAGCUGCAGCAGAUCCGCCACAAAGACCCCAGCAAGCAGAGCGCGGUGGCCAGUGCAGUGGUGAAGCAGAAGCUGCAGCAGAAGAUCCUCCAGAAGCAGGCGGCCCUGGAGAGGACCAGCUCGGCCCCGCUGAGCACCCCGCCCCGGGGGUACAGGGAGCUGGUGCCAGACCCUGAGAUGCCACCCAAGUGCCACCUGGUGAGCCCCCCUGUCCCCCAGCAGUCAGAGAACAGGAAGGAGAGGACCCUCAGGAGGACAGCCUCUGAACCCAUCCUAAAAGUGAAGACCAAAGUGAGGAAGCCCAGCCCGAGGCAGAACCCCUUAAGAAGCAAACACAGACACACAGAUGGCCUGGCUGAUUCAUCUCCCAGCAGCAGUAGUACUCCGGUCUCUGACUGCAGCUCGUCCAAUGACAGUCUGCCUGACAGAGUGCUGCCCCUCCCCACACAGUUGCCCCCAGAGGAGAUCAGUGGCAUCCUGUCCUCUCGCCUGCAGCCUGUUCUCAUUCUGGAGCCCUCGGGCCUGGUGCACACGCAGUUCAUCACAGUGCCCACUCUGGCGUCGGUGCCGCUGCAGUACCCGCCGCUGAUGGACCGCCACAUGCUGACCAGCACCCACAAGCAGCUGGGCCGGACCCGCUCCGAGCCCCUGCCGCCCGCACACUCCUCCGGCCACCCGCACGCCCUCCUCUUGCACCAGCGCAAGCCCCUGGAGAGACUCCCUCAGCACUCCCCCCUCAGCCAGCUGUUCUGUAAGCCCCGACUGAAGCAGAUCCUGUCGGAGGAUCUGGACCCGGAGGAGGAGGACGAGGAGGAGGAGGAGUGCUCCGAGGAGCAGAGCGCCAAGAGGGAGCAGCGGGAGCGCGAGCGGGAGCGCCAGCAGGAGGCCAGCCGCGAGCUGGUGUUCCGGCGGGUGGAGCCGCCCAGCAUCACCAUGAAGGAGAGCCAGAGGGAGCACAUCAGCCUGCAGAACUCCAUCAUGAGACAGAGGCAGCUGUCCACGCUGGCCAUGCCAGUCCCCGUGCUGCCCAGUGGCACCCACCGCCCCCUGAGUCGUGCCCAGUCGUCGCCGGCCUCCACGUCCUACUCCGUGCCUGACACCACCGUGCCCUCCCCGGUCACCACGGAGACGGCCAGUAAACUGCGCUACACCACUGGGCUGGUUUAUGACUCACAGAUGCUGAAGCACCAGUGUACCUGCGGUGAUAACAGCUCUCACCCCGAGCAUGCUGGGAGGAUCCAGAGUAUUUGGUCUAGACUGCAGGAGCGAGGCCUACGCAGCCAGUGUGAGACCAUUCGAGGCAGGAAAGCAACACUGGAGGAGUUGCAGUCGGUCCACUCAGAGAAACAUGUGCUUGUGUACGGCACCAACCCUCUCAACCGCCUUAAACUGGACCGCUGCAAAAUCACAGGAAUAUUAUCACGGAGGAGGUUUGUGAUGCUGCCUUGUGGAGGAUUUGGGGUGGACUCGGACACGGUGUGGAACGAGAUGCACACGUCGACGGCGUCGCGGAUGGCCGUGGGCAGCGUCACCGACCUCGCCCUCAAGGUGGCCCAGGGCGAACUCAGGAAUGGAUUUGCUGUGGUGAGGCCUCCUGGACACCAUGCGACACACUCGGAGCCCAUGGGGUUCUGUUUUUUCAACUCUGUGGCAAUUGCAGCAAAGCAGCUCCAGCAGAGACUGAAUGUCAGCAAGAUUCUCAUUGUGGACUGGGAUGUUCACCAUGGCAACGGCACUCAGGAGAUCUUCUACAAUGACCCCAGUGUCCUCUACAUCUCUCUGCAUCGCUACGACGAUCGGACCUUCUUCCCUGGCAGUGGAGCCCCAGAGGAGAUGGGGAUGGGGGCAGGUGAGGGCUUUAACGUCAACGUAGCCUGGACCGGCGGGCUCAACCCACCUAUGGGCGACGCUGAAUACCUGGCAGCCUUCAGGACGGUGGUGAUGCCCAUUGCCCACGAGUUUUCCCCUGACAUGGUGCUGGUGUCGUCUGGCUUUGACGCUGUGGAGGGCCAUACAGCAGCCCUGGGGGGCUACCGCGUGUCCGCUAAGUGCUUUGGCUUCCUGACCCGGAAGUUGAUGGAGCUGGCCGGGGGUCGCGUGGUCCUGGCUCUGGAGGGCGGUCAUGACCUCACAGCCAUCUGCGACGCAUCUGAGGCCUGCGUCAGCACCCUGCUCGGCAACGAGACGGAGUCCCUCUCUCAGGAGGUCCUGCAGCAGAGGCCCUGUGCUAACGGGGUGCGCUCCCUGCAGCGUGUGGUCCAGGUCCACAGGCAGUACUGGCGCUCUGUGAAUGCGCUGGCCCACACGGUGGACAUGUCCUACCUGCAGGCCCAGCGGCGGGACUCUGCCAGCGACGCCGUCUCCGCGCUCGCCUCCCUCACCAUGGGCGUCCACAGCAGCAGCAGCAGCAGUUCCGCUCCGCGCGAGUACAUGGGACACGACACAGACCACUCCAUGUAGGAGGCAGCCGACCGUCUCUCCCGAGCCGCCAGGAUGCCCCCCCUCGUCUACUGAUGCCUUUCCUCUCCUUAUCAGGGGACGCUCCUGCAGGGAGACCUGUGCUCCGCCGAAUGCCCCUCCGUGCCUUUGCUAGCCGCUAUCCGCUAUGUAAGCUUUAAAAACGAGCAAUGACAAAGAAGAUUGAAUCAGCAAUAUGGGAUUCUUUUUUUUCUUUUUUUUCCUCCUAAAUGACAUGGGGACACUCUGUUUUCAUGUUGAAUAUUGUGAAACUUAAGAAUUCUUUCUUUGCUACUUUUUCGCGACACUUGUUCACUCCUUCAGCAUUGACUCUUUAAUACUGGUAUUCUUCAGAUGACCAUAUAGGUCCAUAUAUAGUUGGGUUGUAGUCUGUAGCCCCUUGAUUACAGGGAGACGGCAGGAUAUGUGGGAUCGUUGGGGUUAAAGGUGAUGCCCUUUGGUAUGACAGAUGUUCCCCCCGUUUGGGUGGUCUACACUAGGCCCAGAGAUCUGGGCUGAGUUUGUGGCAAGUUCUUCUUUCACUGCGAAGGUGCUUUACAACAACAACAACAACAACAACAACAACAACAAUAAUAACUUGCAUUUAUACAAUGCUUUAUCAAGGCAGCCAAAGCACCCUACAGUGAAGGGGGGAACUUCACAAGCCACCGCCAAGACGGGCUCUUCACCCCUGGACUGAGUUCUCCCACCACCGAGGAGGGUAUAGUCAGAGAGGGUUAAAGCGGAGCGAGAGGCGCAAACGUUCGAUCAUUUCCGCGUUCUGUCUUCACAAGGGGGAGGGGGGCUAAAUCUCCCUUUAAGCAGACCUGCUAACAUUCGAACUGCUAACAUUCGAACUGAACUGCUUGCCGAUCUGACAGAGAUCGAUAUCCCACUUUGACGUCUUUGCAACACGCCUCUUUAAGCAGACAGGAACUGUUCGAAUUUUGCUUCCAUAGAGAUGCAUUACGUUGCUCUAUCUUGUCAGUAAUUAAGGAUCUUUGGUAUAGUGUAGGCAGAGCACAUGGAUGACUUGGAGCCGUUUGGCUAAAGGCUCGUCAUCUGACCAGCAGGGUGCUGCCAGGGUAGGAAGAAGUGUUACAGUGGCAUGACCAGUUUUGAAGUAAACCAAAGAAGGAAGUGCCAGUAUGCUGGAUCCCAAUGCCACACACAGUGCCUUCCUCACUGUGAAGUGAAGAAAAUAUUUUUUUUUCUCUCUCUUUUGAAAAGAAAAGUGAAACCAUUUUCUUUGAGCACUGUGUUGAAGUUUUGUUAUACUGUCCUGGGGUUGUUUUGUGGAGUUAACCCUGAUGUAAGACAUGAAGCAUUUUUUUAUUAGGUGGAGUUUAUGAAGGAAUUUUCCAGAAAGCAUUCAGGAAGUAAACAAAAAUAGACGUUCCUGUUCAUACUGAGUUGUUAGUUUAAGCUAUGCCUUUUAGUCAUUCCUUUUUUUCCUCUAAAACCAAAACACACGGCUGUCUUAAAGAAUGAUUCCUCAAAAACAAGAGACCUCUGUAACUUCUUUUUCCAAUUCAUUGUAACUCCACUGCCAGUGAUUUUGAAUUUCAAGUUCAGUUAAGUACAGCAUGAAACAGGCAGGCAGAAAAAAAAGUAACUCAAAAAGUGAGACCAGCUUGAGAUGCUUGCAUUACAAUGACAUGCUGGACUUCAUAGGAUUCUGUCCACUGACGAAAAUGCACUCCAGUUGUCUUAAAAAAAAAAAAAAAAAAACUGUAGCAUAAAAAAAUCCUGCCGUAUGUGUCUUUGUACAAUUUUGUACAACCUGUUCCUUUUUUUUUUAGACAAAUCUUGUUUCUAUGUUAUAUUUCACCUACGAAGACCAGUGUUUUAACCUGUGGACGUAUAUGCCUACUAUGUUACAGUAUGUACCUAUUUUAGGCUGCAUUCCUUUACUAUAUAUAUUUUUUUCUACAAGACCAGUGAGCAAUGUGAGCCUCACAGCCUAUAAGUGUGUGUACUGAAGGUUGUUUUAAAGUAUAUAUUUAUAUAGAGUUUCCAUUUGUGGACCAAUGAGUGCUUUUUGAUACUGUUUUCUGUCUUCUGUUUUCUGUCUGCAUGUAGUGUGGUGGUGUGCUUAGCCUAAGUGUUGGGUUCUGUGCUAGUUUAGCUCCCGUUACAAAGCAUAUUUAGACCUUAAGGCCUUAAUGACAUACUCCUCAGAUGCAGGACAGUUUAUAAGACAUUGUAGCUGUUGAACGGUCUCUCAUUUUGCUGUCAUCUCUGAGAUGACAGCUGCUUGACGUUCUCCAGUUGUCUCGCUUGACGAUGUCUCGUCGUAAGAUGCGAUGAUGUCCUCGGGCAUGUCCUUGGCUUUAUUCCGUCCUUGCUCUUGUGCAGCCAAUUGAUGACACAACGAGAUGGCUCGGUUGCUUUUGUUCCUGACCCAGGGUCAGUCAGCAACAUCAGAGGGAGAAAGAGAGAGCGUGCGCGCAACGCGCGAGAGAGAGAGAGAGAGCGAGAGCGAGAGAGCUCGCCGGGGACGAGGCAUCAUCUGGAACCGUUAUGAGUCGGAAUCGGCGGUUCUUUUUGGAAUCAUAAAAGAGGGAGAGGGGUCUGAGAGGGCUCUGUUCCCCCGUUUGAAUUCCAGGAACGCAGCGAUGGAAUUAACCCUGAACGUCGUCUCACCUUCCCUAGGCUUUUCAUCCCCCUCCCCCUCCCCCCCCCCCCCUAAUCGAAUCUCUUCGGGCCCUCCGAGGGCCGGCCUGAGCUGUGCUCCCAGCACCUGAAUGGAACUUGACGUCUUGCACAUUUUGUUUGCAUUGAUCUCUGUGCUCUGAUGUGGCUGAUACUCAAGUUACGUUCCUAGCAGGAAUGCCCCCCACCCCCCUCCCCCCUCCCCCCCUUUUAGCGCCAAAACUGAUCAUAAGAUUUUUAUAUCUAAAAAAAAGCGUCUUUUAAAAAAAUGUCCUGCUAAUAAUGAAAUAUCUCUAUGGACACGUUCAUUGUGACUAUUGUGAAAGGUGCUAUCCUGUGCACUGGAGGCCUCUCGCGUCCCACAUGUCUUAUAGCUGUGCGGCACAUGACUUCGUGGUGCUCUUCAGGAACCCAGGCAGUGAAUGUCUUAUUAGAUUAGUCUAAUACUGAGUAAAUGUUUUAUAUUUGCUUCUAAAAUAGAAAAACAAACGUGAAUGUGCCCAGCACAGUUUCAGACAAAAAGAGUCUAUAUUUUUUUUCCGCCUACAGUUCCGCCUUGUUUAUCGGUGAGUUUCUCUGGAUCUAGCACUGAGAGGCAGCUUACUGGAUCAAAUGUCCUUGGAAUCUCGAUUUAAGAAUAGAAUUCCCUGAUUAGAAAGAAUUUAAAAAAAUGAAAUAGUAGCACUUUCCUUAUUGUGGUAAAGAUGCCCUUGUGCAUACUGUAUGUUUUAUUUUUCCCUUGUCUUAUGUUUGUGUAUAGUAUAUUUUUGUGCGUGUGGUUGUUUGUUCAUGAAGUAAAUUGGUCAUGUUGACGUGCUGCACAUGUUGUUAAAGAAAACCCAGCCAUGCAGGCUCAGACCAUCUUGCCUGUGUGUGAGUGAGUGUGUGUGUGUGUGUGUGUGUGUGUGUGUGUGUGUGUGUGUGUGUGUGUGUGUGUGUGUGUGUCUGUGUGUGUGUGAGAGAGAGUGUGUGUUUGCGUGUCUCAUAUCUGAACUGUGUGUGUCUUGAUAAAUGCUCUUGUUUUGAUCUUGGUUAGAAUUGUAGAUAGCUCAAGGAGACCAAAAGCGCCACCAUGUGCAUCAAAUCAAGCUGACAAACCUGUGUAAAGGUAGCCUUAAAAAAAACUGGAAGAUUUCGCUUUGAAAAAAAAAAAGCUUUCUGAGACAAAAGAAUGAUAUCUUUUAACUUUUUUUCAUGUUAUUGGACGUAUCCAAUGUAUUUGUACAGGUGAGAAUGACUAUACAUUUUAUACUGUUUUCUACUAAUUUCCUUCAUUAAAAAGACACCCAUGUUUGUCCCUGA